GUGUAUAUUUAUUUUUACAUACAUCAUGUAUAUCUUUCCCGUCGAAACUCAGAUUUUGAACCACAGUUCUUCCCUGUUUUCUGCACACAGCUCCGCAGUGUAGGUCGACGCAGACGUGGCUGCUGCUCGGUGGUGAACUAUAGCAUUUAGCCUCUCCGUAUGUAAACAAUGCGAUUAAGGACGACCGAAGGUUCCGGUUGACUCACGGAAAUAAACAAUCCGGGAGCACGACCUGAACAAGUGAGGCUUGCUGGUUUGUUGCAGUUUUUACCGAGGUGUCCCUGUCUCAUAUGGAGUCACUCAACACGUUUGAGUCUGAGAUGGAGGCUGACGGGCAGGGGAACUACUCUCUGUUUCCUGCCCUGGACAGCAUUGCAAGUCUGUCUGGGACUGCUGAGACUCUGGAGAGUGAACCGCAGAGUGAAAUCGCAGAGAAGCCAAACCUCACAUGGCUCGAUGCUGCACAGAUCGUGUUGGAAGAGGCUGGACGUCCCAUGCACAUAAAGGAGAUAAAACAGAGAAUCAUCGACAGGGGACUCGUUCAGUCGAAUGCAAAGUCAAGCCUGGAGGCUGUCAUGUACCGGGAGACACAAAAAGGCAGCAGGAGAUUCAAGAGGAUUGAGAACAGAAACGGAGUCUUUGCACUGCUGACUGAUGAGGAGAGGCAGCAGGCCCUGCAGGCCUUCACCGCCCAGUCUUUCCUCGGAUCCCCGCAGCAGAACACCAUCUCCAGUUCCGGCUCAGGUGCCUCGGGACCUGCCUUUCCAUCCCCUGCCAGUUCCUCUGAGCGUAAGACCAACAUGAAGAGAGGUCCGCGAAAAAACCAGAACGAAAAGUACAGACUCAAGUACCUCAGACUACGCAAAACUGCCCGGGCCAUGAUAUUUGAAAAUGCAGCCCUCUGUGAUGAAGUUGCCCACUUAGAGGAGAAGUUUCUGAGAGCGAAAGAGGAGCGGAGGUUUUUACUGAAGUCGCUGUUGCAGUAUCAGUCUUUGUCAGAGGGUGAGAUACUGCCAAUGCCUAGCUCGAGCUCUCAUCCACCUGUGCCACCUGUGGCAUUGACCUCAGGUCCUGCGGGGGCUUCGGGCCUGUCCGUGGGCCACAACUUGGUGUCAAUGGUGUCAACAGGGGAAGACGGACCACUUAAAAAACCAAAGAAGGAAAGGAAAGAGCGAGGCAGGGAGAAUGGAAAAGAGGAGCUUCCAAAGAAGAUGUCCAAGAAGAGAAAGUUGGCUGACGGGUCUCGGAAGCUGGUGCAGCCCAUACCUCUGGACUCAUCUGGUCGUCCCGUCUUCCCCAUCGUACUAGGAGGUUUGACGGUCUACAGUCUGGGAGAGAUCAUCACAGACAGGAUGUUGUUCCACGAUGAGUGUGCCAUCUACCCAGUGGGAUUCUGCAGCACGCGAGUCUUUGCCAGCAUGAAAAACCCCGACCAGCAGUGCCUGUACACCUGCCAGAUCAAGGAUGGGGGAACAGGUCCACAGUUUGAGAUUGUGCCUGAAGAAGAUCCUCAGAAUGCCAUCGUGGCCUCCUCUGCCCUGACGUGCCAUUCCAAUCUACUGAAAGCCAUCGCGUCUGUCAGUUCAAAGUCUGUGGUGCCCAUCGUGCCAUCAGGAGCGGAUUUCUUUGGCUUCUCACACCCAACCAUCCAGAAUCUGAUCCAGAGUUGUCCUGGAGCACGCAAAUGCAGCAACUACCGGUGGAUACGUUUCGAGGUGUGUCGCCCUGGUGACGGCCAGGUUCCUCACAGCCUAUCAGAGGACGAUGCCUCGGUCAACUUUGAUGCCUACCAGAGACGCCAGGGCUAUGAUGAGAACAUCAAGACGGAGCACGUAACAGGACAGACACCGCAGUCCCCCAGCUCCUCUCAUCAGCACCACCUGACCUCCCCGACCAUGAAGCCCUCGACCUCAUAUUACAGCAGCUGAAGCAGCAGCUUGGUCAAACAUGAUCCCAACCGCUGUGAACUUUCACUUUUUACAGUGUUGCUUGUCUUCCUUUGUCCCCGCCUGGCUCAAUAACUCACUAUGCCAUCUUCAAGCGAUCCCAGACUGUAUUACCGGGAAUAUAUGUGCUAGCAUGGUUCAUGCUAAUAUACCGGAUGUGGUUGGUUAGUUGGUUAGCUUUGUGCUUACAUAAACCCAAUACCUGUGUUGGGGGACAUUACAUUUGAAAUGCAAUUAGUAUAAAAUUUUUACCAACUGGUGUGUUGGCACAUGGAACACUAUAGUCCUGUGGUAUUUAAAACUGCAGUAGUUGAAACAAGUAGAUUAUUGUGGAUUAAUAAUAAACUCACCACAUUUCCAUCAGUUUUAUUUUGAAAUCAUCUGCAUCAGCUUUGAUUGUAACACACCCACAUAAACUUAGUGGCUGCUUUGACAUUUGUUUGUGCAAAAUUGUACUCAAGUCUCAUUUGUGCUGUAAACUUCAAAAUCCACAGUUUUGUUUGAAUAAAAACCCAUUUGUCACAAUUACCCACA